AUGGAUAAGAGAAAAAGAAGUGUCUUUGGUGAAGAUCCACAAGGAGAUGUAGCAAAGGAAGCACCUGAGACCAAGCACGAAAGAGAUCAAGAUGCUAACCGAUCAUAUGGAGCCGGCGGUGGACACCAGAAAAGAGGAAAGAAACCAAAAACUGGAGAUGCUUCUACUACAAAAAGCACUCAUCGUUUGACGCCUUCUGAUGAUGACUAUCCCAAGGAUUGUGGGGAUGAUGGCGAUUAUUUUAGAGAUUGGAGUGACACUGAUCGUGUUCUGAGGGAAGUUAAUAACCAAGGGACUAAAGACACAUGCUGGGCCCAUUCGACUACUAAAAAUCUAGAAGCGGUGGUCAAGAUCAAAUUCAAUCGAGAUGUGUCCCUAUCAGUAAAACAUCUUUUCCAUGGCAUUACUAAAAAAAUGAGCAACGAUGCGGUCAAGAAUUUAGAAGAAAUUAGGACUUUCCUGAAGAAUGAAGGCACUAUUCAAGAAAAGGAUUGCGAAUGUGAGAAGCGUACGGAGAAAAAAGAUCCAUGUGCGAAAAAAAUAAAGGAGAAAACUGUUGGUGUAUUGAAGAUUGAUGACUUGGUUAUAACCAAAAUGGUUAAGGAAGAAGAUCUGAUAAGGUUACUGAAAAUCAGUCCUGUGAUGGCAAGCAUUCAUGCAACCAAUGAAUUUAAAGACCAUCGAGGACCUGGAAUAUUUUAUGGAGAUAAAAAGAGUAAGGCAAAGACUCUAGGAGAUCAUUUGGUCCUUGUUACCGGCUACAAUACCAUAAAUGGUGAGCACUACUGGAUCAUACAAAACACAUGGGGCGUUACGUGGGGAGAAAAGGGAUUUGGGAAAAUAGCUCGGAAGAUUAGCCGUGGUAAAGGCCAGCAAUCUUUGUUUUCAGAGAUUGUCUACCCUACGGUUUCUGGAAUUGGGGGCCUAGCCUGA